AUGUGUGUAAAUAAAGUUACAUCAAAAUAUAAUGUAUGGAAUGAUAGCUUACGUGCAUUUUUACUAACAACAUUAUCGGCCACACUGAAUGGCUCCGGUCAACAUAUGAUACAUCAAUUUUGUGAUAUGUACGAACAUGCAAGACAUGAUCCAAAUGAAUUUGGAAGCGAAGAAUAUGAUUCAUAUCAUCGCCUAUUAUUAAAAUUAAUUGAUGCUGCAAAACAACUUAAAAAUUUAGCUAAUUCACGUAAAACAUCACCUGCACGUACACCAAAAAAACAAACUAAAAUGCAUUCAUUAUUGGAUCCAGCAAGACUAAGACCACCACCUUUAACUAAUUCUUCCAAUAGCGGUGUUAAUAUACCACCCAGUAGUGAUCUUACCGCCGGACAGCAUUCCAAAGUCAAUUUAACAUUAGGCCUACAUGGUUGCGAUGACGCUCCAGAAGUAACGCCAAGCUCUUUACAUUUACAACCAACAACUGAACGUGAUAUUAUAAUACGUAAUCGUAUAAAAACACCCACACUGGAAGAUAAAGAUGAAGAUAUAACUAGCGCAGAUCCAGAUGAUAAUGAAAUUCGAAGCAUAUCAUCAUUGCAUCAAUUCCAAGGUAGUGCAAGUGUUGUUUGAUUGUAUAUGCACGCGAGGCACUUGAUCAAGGAUAUAAAAGCAACUAAACAGUUUUCCCUUAAAUAAAAAUUGUAAUAUUUAAUAAAAACUAUACUUCCUCCGCAUGUAAUAAGUUAUACCACAGACAAAUAAUAUACAGAUUGCAAAUGCAGAGC